UACGGCAAACCGAGUAGUUUGACGUACUGGCGACUACGGGAGUUUUAGGUGAGUAUUUUAUUAACCUUUUAAUUGACUUUUAGUGUUUUCAUUUGAAAAACAACUUCUUAUUCCUUUUCUUCAUAAAUUUAGACCAGUUUUCUUUAGAAUUGGUUUGAUAUUUUUCCUUUAUUUACGCUUUUUUCACAGGUGUGGAAGACACAUGUCGGUCGAAAAGCAUCCCAAGUGAGUUUAUUUUUGUACAUGAUUCUGCUUGUCCUUUCCGUUUUCAUUUUGAUAUAUAACGCUAAUACUCUUUAUCUAAAUUGUUUCUUAACGUUUGGAAGAGGGUUUUUCUUUCAAGUUUUUAUCUAUUGUUAUGUUUCAGUCGCCGAAUAUCUUUUUUUAUAACCAGACAAAACAUGCCUUUUUUGCCUAUGGCUGCUUUAAUUUUUAUAUACAACUCUUGAUGGUGUUCAGCUUCAAGUCGGGCAUCAAAAUGAAAGGCGAGAAGCAUUUAAACGUGCUCAUAUGAGUUGCUGGACGUGAUAACGGGCAGUAUUCAUUGAAGGACAUCCUCCUUUAAAUUUCUCUGCAAGUGGCUACUGUCGCGAACAAGUUUUUCAGUGCAAGAUAGGAAAUGAAACAGAAAGAAUAAUUAAACUUAUAGCUGUAGCCACUUGCAGUCCUUGACUGACAAUUUUUAUUUGAGCGAACAUUGUAAAAAUCUGAUUUAAGCUGGAAUCAGUAGAAUCACGGUUGAAUUUUCCUAAUUGUUUCGCUGUUUGUUGAUAAAAUUUGUAGCAUCAUUUCCAAGAUUCAAUGAUUUGUAUGUUAUUUCUCAGCCAUGAUCUAGAAUCCCUGAAUAGCUGAGGGGCUAGUCAGGUUAAAAACUCGGGUCUGAUUAUUUUGUCUUACUGUAGGGCUGCAAUGGAGUGGACCCAAGACCAUGAUUUGAUGUUGCUGAGAGAGACUGCGUUUGAGGACCCUUUUCAAUUUAAAAAAGGAAGUCCUGACAGAGGUGAAGUGUGGUCGAAGAUAGCAAGGUCGCUCAAUAGUUCUGCAGAAUUAAAGUUUGCCGUAAAGCAGAGAUCAGUGAGGGAGAGGUUUGCACUAUUACAAGCUAAGUAUAAAGAAAAAAACAAAAAGGAUGAGGGAAGCAGUGGAACAUCAACACAAAUGUCAGAAUUGGACCGGUUAUUGGAAGAUAUGACUGAGAAAGAGAAAGAUAGCGAAGAGAGUAGGAACGCUGCAGCUGCUAAGAAAGAUAACCAAGACAGAGAAAAGGCAGAAAGCAUUAGAAAGACAGCUAUGGAAAGGGUAAGCCAGACUAAGAAACGACAGGAAGGGACAGAGCGUGAAGCAGUGAGCACUAAACGAAGACGCAGAGGUGGAGAUGAGACUAUAGAAUACCUUAGAGAAAAAAGCGAGGCAGAAAGAAAGGUACGAGAGCAAGAACUGGAACUGAAAAAGGCAGAGGUGGCACUACAGGAAAAGCGGGCAGAGCAAGGCCAGACCCAGAUGCAGGAGAUGUUGAGAGUAAUGCAACAACAGCAACAGCAGAGUCAAAACAUGACAGCUUUGCUAAUGCAGCAACAACAACAUUUUAUGAAUGUAAUGCAAAGUCUUCUUAAAAAGCCACAGUAAAAAACUUUCCUCGUUGCUUUAAAGUACCCUUCAGUGUGAAAUAUGACAUUUUGUCUUGCCCUUUUUUAGCUUGGCAGGGUCCAUUUAAUAGUCACGUAGAUUUGAUUAAUUAAUCUGUUGUAAUCUAUUUGAGUAUAGUUUUAUCAAGUUUGUGGACAUUAAACAACCUUUGGAAAC